UAUUUUAUUUUCUUCCCAUUGAAUGGAAUACAAAGUAGCAUUAUUCAAGGGUGAGAAGAAAGACGAAGAUCAAGAAUGAAUCAGAUAAUCUAAAAUGUAACAAGCGUCGAAGUUUGGUGAUAGAUCAGCACAAGGAAAAGACUCGGUAAGUAGCGCCAUGAAGCAGAGGUGUGUGUGUGUCUAUCAUUUACAGUGCCAGCAAAUCCUCCCUUCACCGCAUGGAAGCCACGUAUCAUCGUUCCCCGGCCACCUCCCUCCCUUCUGCCUCCAUAAAUCCACUCGGCUAGCUUGUCGAAACCUGAAGCAACCACAACAAAAAAAGGAAAGAAGAUAGCUGAUCAAGAUGGGACGUACUAGGAGAAGCGGCGCUGUGGGGUUACCGUUGCUGCUGCUGGCUUUACUGUGCUGCUGCCAUGUUCUCGUCACCGCCACGGCGGCGAUGGUGGGGCCUGCUGCUACGGGUUUGUACAGAGAAGAGGAAGAGGAGGAAACAGAGGAGGAAUUUGGUGGUGGGAGAGGAGAAAGAAGGCGGAGAAGAGAGGAGGAGAUGGCGGGUGGAGAUGAUGAUCGGUACCUGCUACAAGACUCCAAGCAGGUGAUCCAAACUGAAGCAGGGGUUAUGAGUGUCGUCAGGAAUUUCGCCGGAUGGAGAACUGUGGAGAGGCCGCUCCAUAUCGGGUUCAUUACCAUGGAGCCCAAGUCGCUGUUCGUUCCCCAGUAUCUCGACUCCGGCCUCCUCAUCUUCGUCCGCCGAGGGGAGGCGAAGAUUGGGAUGAUCUACAAAGACGAACUGGCGGAGAGGAAGCUCAAGAUCGGCGAUAUCUAUUGGAUUCCGUCGGGUUCAGCUUUCUACUUGGUUAACACUGGAGAAGGGCAGCGUCUCCAUAUUCUCUGCGCUAUUGAUCCUGCUGAGAGCCUUGGUUUCAGCUCCACUUUCCAGUCUUUCUUCAUCGGCGGUGGCAGUUAUCCAACUUCGGUCCUCGCCGGUUUCGAUCCAGACACCCUAGCAACUGCCUUCAAUGUAACCAUGGGCGACCUGAGGGAGCUGAUGUCCCGUCAACAAGAGGGUCCGAUCGUCUUCGUGGGCGACUCGAGGGCGCCGGAGCGGAGAACCGUCUGGUCCGAGUUCCUGCAGCUGAAACACCAAGAUAGGCUUCAUCACCUCAAGCGAAUGGUCGAUUCUCGGAAACUGGUGGAAGAAGAAGAAACAUCAUCCUCCGCCGGCCUGACCAAUUUUUCGUGGCGGAAAAUCCUCUACUCCCUGUUUGGACGCCAGGAAAAUAAUAAUGAGAACAGGAAAUCCAGAGGCUGGACGACCGGGAAAUCCCCCGACUCCUACAACAUCUACGACAAGAAAGCCGAUUUCAGCAACGCCUAUGGCUGGAGCAUCGCACUCGACCACAACGAUUACGCGCCUCUCAAGCACUCCGGCAUCGGCGUCUUCCUCGUCAAUCUCACCGCGGGGUCGAUGAUGGCGCCGCACGUGAACCCGACGGCGACGGAGUACGGCAUCGUGUUGAGGGGAACGGGGACGGUGGAGAUCGUGUACCCGAACGGGACGCAGGCGAUGAACGCGAAGAUUGCGGAAGGCGACGUGUUCUGGGUGCCGAGGUACUUCCCCUUCUGCCAGAUCGCGUCGCGGACUGGGCCGCUGGAGUUCUUUGGGUUCACGACUUCGGCCCAUAAGAACAGGCCGCAGUUCCUGGUGGGCCAGAGCUCGGUGCUGCAGACGAUGAAAGGGCCCGAGCUGGCCGCGGCCUUCGGUGUGACCGACGAGCGGAUCAGGGCGAUUAUUGAGGCGCAGCGGGAGUCGGUUAUAUUGCCGUCGGCGGCGGCGUCGCCGCCGGAUGAAGGGAGGAAACGGAGGAAGGCGGAGAAGGUGGUGGAGAGCCUUGGGAAGGAGAUGGUUAUGGGUUUUGAAUAGAGAGACAAGAGGGCCUCUUAAUCACCCUCCUUUUUUGUUUGUUUCUCUGUAUUUUGUACUUUGUGUUCAGUUCUCUUGUUGUUCGUCUUCUGGUGCAACUGCAAGCAGUAGUCCCUUUUUGUCUGCCUGAUGAUUCUGUACUGUUCUUUCUCUUUUCUGAGAGCAACACAGCAAUCUGUACUCUGUAGUGUUCAUUAACCUCGUUUCCUUCCCUUGGUUGAGAAAGGUUUGGUUUUUGGAAUUUGGAUGCUUAGUUAGUUCAGUUCCUUUAUGUGUUUGCUUAUUGUUAAUUAGAUGAUAGGUAUUGGAUGAUGCAUCGUUAGGUUGUUGUGACGAGUAAAAGCUGCCCCUUUUUCCCACUUUCAGAAAUGAUUGAUAUGAAGUCUGUAGGCUUGCAAGUAUUAGAGAUCCUCGGACUCCUAGUCGAGUUGCCCUAAUAAGUAGGAAUUCUGAUGAACUGACUCUACAGAUGAAACUAUAAUUAAUUAUGUCAAGCUAGCCAAUCUAGUGAUUGAAUUAACUAAAUGUUUUGUUAGAGGAUCAAACUGAUUGCUCAACUGAUUCAAUGCAAAGUAAGAAUUUCUAUUCACUCUCUGGAAGAGUUGACAAGAGUAAUGGUAAAAAAUGGGGUUGAAGUAAUGGAUUUAUGGUGAAAUCACAUUUUAUCUUUUUUUUUCUUCUCGUGUAGUGAAGCACGAACAUUAACUCGUCUACUUGCAUAUUAGGUGAUGCAUCAGAUCUCAAUAGAUUAUGAGUUUGUUUAAUGAUGUUGAAAUUUAGGAUUUUAUCGUUAUUAGUGAUGACCGUGAUUAAGUUAUGUUUCAAACAUUCGAUUUGAUGAAAUAUGACAAAUUGACACAAUUCGGAAGUGGCAAAUCUAGAAAAUGAACCCGAGUUAAGUGAUGUCUUCCAGGCAUGACUCCUUUAGUUGAUCCUUACUCAUAACUAUGGAAAUACAUUUUCAUCUUCUUUCGACUCACCACUCUCACUUUGUUGCAUUCUGAAUACAUGCCACAAUUCACA